AUGGGCCAGUCACAAUCCUCUGCUGCUUCUGGCAGCCCAGCCGACAGCACAAAACACGUCUUCACAGCCGCGACACCCAUAAACUUCUCCGCCGAACUCAUCGACAGCUUAGCAAACAGCUCCGAGACCAACUCAACGCGCGCAAAGAGCCUGGACCUACACAUCGCGCAACGUGUUCAUGAAGAGCUCGCCAGAUUACAAAGCUCGCAAGACUCGGCCGUGGAAGCUGCACGGAAGAAGAUAUUGAGUGUCGAAGAGGACGAACCAAAGCCUGAGCAGAAGUCUACGUUAAAAGACAGCGUAAAAGCGAAGCUGCCAGAGUCAAUCGGCGGCGACAAGGGUGACGGCGAUGCGAAGAAAGAUGGUCAAACAAGCAAGAAGGUACAGGAGGAGAUACAGCGGUUGAAGAAGGAGUUGGGUCAGAGGAAGGUCAUGAAGGAGCUGCCGAAGUCCUUAGAGACGGCCAGAGAGGACGUGAUUGGGUGCUUGCGGGUAAACGAUCGGCGACCUUUGGACUGCUGGAAGGAAGUUGAGAUCUUCAAGCGGGAAGUAAGACGUUUAGAGGACGAAUUCGUUGGAAGAGUUCUCUGA